GAAAACCAGUUCGGUCUUUCCAGACUCCUAUCCGGUCUGCGAUCGGUAUAAAAAAAAAACCCUAGCUGUUCUUUUCUCUCUUUCGACUUAACCAGCCAACCCUCUCUCUUCGCUCCUGAGCCUAAUUCCCCCUCCGCUUCUCUUUCUCUCUACUUAACCAGCAAGCCCUUCCCCCAUCUCUUCGCUGCUCUUUCUCUCUGCUUAACGGGCAAACCCUUCCCCCAUCUCUUCGCUUCUCUCUCUACUUAACCAGCAAACCUUUCCCCAUCUCUUCGCUCCCAAACCUAAUCCCUUCCCCAUCUCUUCGCUCCCAAACCUAGUCCCUUCCCCAUCUCCCAAACCUAAUCACUUCUCCCUUUCUUCGCUCCUAAGCCUAAUCCUUCAUCACUUUGCUCCUAAACCUAAUCCUUCAUCAGUUUGCUCCUAAACCUAAUCCUUCAUCGGUGGGGUUUCGGAUUGGUAGUAUGGCGAGACAUUAUGAAGAAGACGAGGUUGAAGAAGAGCAGGAGGAAGAAGAUUUGGAAGAGGAAGAAGAUUUGGAGGAGGAGGAUGAGGAUUAUGUUGGUGGAAGGAAGAAGAAGAACAAGAGAUCAGAAUUCUUAGAUGAUAUGGCUGAAGAAGAUGACGAGGAAGAUGAAGAAGAGGAUGACCGCCCCCGGAAGCGCAAGAGUCGUCCUGGUUCUGAGUUUUUUGAUGACAUGGCUGCUGUGGCAAGUGAUGAUGACGAAGAAGAAGAGGAAGGAGAAGCAGAUUUUAUUGACGUGGGAGAUGAGUUGCAAGAGGAGGAUGAACGGCGGGUGCAUCGUCGACCUUUCCUUCCACGCGAGGAAGAGCAAGAUGUGGAAGACCUUGAAAGGUUAAUUCAAGAAAAAUAUGGCCGUUCAGAUCACUUAGAAUAUGAUGAGGAGACGACGGAUGUUGAACAACAAGCUCUUUUGCCCUCAGUGAAAGAUCCAAAGCUUUGGAUGAUCAAAUGCGCGAUUGGCCAUGAAAGAGAGGUGGCUUUCUGCUUGAUGCAGAAAUGUAUCGAUUUGCAAUCGCAAGGAGUAGAACUGCAGAUCAUGUCGGUAAUUGCAUUGGAUCAUUUAAAGAAUUAUAUAUACAUUGAAGCACACAAGGAAGCUCAUGUCAAGGAGGCUUGUAAAGGAAUGCGACACAUCUAUUCAUAUACCAAAGUGUUGCUUGUUCCAAUCAAAGAGAUGACGGAUGUUCUGUCAGUUGAGAGUAAAUCCGUUGAGCUUUCAAAGGAUACAUGGGUGCGUGUGAAGCUUGGAACUUAUAAAGGAGACCUGGCAAAGGUUGUAGAUGUUGAUAAUGUCAGGCAAAGAGUUACAAUAAAGCUUAUCCCAAGGAUCGACCUCCAAGCUUUGGCCAACAAAAUGGAGGGCAGGGAGGUUGGGAAGAAGAAGAACUUUGUUCCUCCACCGCGGUUUAUCAACACCCGUGAGAUGAAGGAUAUGCAUAUCCCUGUUGAACGAAGGCGGGAUCCAGCUACAGGGGAAUAUUUUGAAACUAUUGAUGGGAUGAUGUUCAAAGAUGGCUAUCUUUAUAAAACUGUGUCAAUGAAGUCUAUUAGUUCUCAGAACAUACAUCCCAGUUUUGAUGAACUAGAGAAGUUCCGGAAACCUGGAAAAGAUUCAAAUGGUGAUAUGGCCAGUUUGUCAACCUUGUUUGCAAAUAGAAAAAAGGGACAUUUUAUAAAAGGAGAUGCAGUAAUCGUUGUCCGUGGUGAUCUCAAGAAUCUGAUGGGAUGGGUCGAGAAGGUUGAGGAAGAGAAUGUAUACAUAAGAUCGAAGAUGCCAGGCUUAAAGGAAACCCUGGCUGUUAAUGAGAAAGAACUUUGUAAAUACUUUAAACCUGGAGACCAUGUGAAGGUAGUCUCAGGCGCUCAGGAAGGAGCUACCGGUAUGGUUGUCAAGGUGGAGGGACAUGUUCUCAUCAUCUUAUCGGACACCACCAAGGAAGAUAUCCGAGUUUUUGCUGAUAAUGUGGUGGAAAGUUCUGAAAUAACUUCCGGUAUUACAAAAAUCGGAGAUUAUGAGUUACAUGAUCUAGUGCUUCUGGAUAACUCCAGCUUUGGUGUUAUCAUAGGUGUAGAGAGUGAUGCAUUUCAGGUUCUCAAAGGAGUUCCCGAGAGAGCAGAGGCUGUUUUGGUUAAGUUGAGGGAGAUUAGAAACAAGAUAGAGAGGAAGCGUAGUGCCCAAGAUCGCUAUGGUAGCACCGUAUCUUUGAAGGAUAUCGUUAGGAUUCAUGAUGGACCCUGUAAAGGGAAGCAAGGCCCUGUGGAACAUAUUUAUAAUGGGAUUAUGUUCAUACGUGAUCGCCAUCACCUUGAAAAUUCUGGGUUCAUUUGUGUGAAAGCUCAAUCCUGUGUUGCCAUAGCUGGAUCUCGUGGAAGUAGUGAUAGAAGUGGUACAGAUUCUUUGGUUUCAAGAUUUGAUAGGUUGAGGUCUCCAAGUCGGCUGCCUAGAGGAGACCCUCAGCAAUAUUCUGGGGGAAGGGGUAGAGGGGGUAGAGGGGGGAAAGAUGCUUUGGUUGGGAAUACUAUCAAGAUCCGUGUGGGUCCCUUCAAGGGCUACCGUGGUCGUGUAGUAGAUGUUAAUGGUUCAACUGUUCGAGUUGAACUGGAAUCACAAAUGAAGGUGGUUACUGUUAAUAGGAAUCAGAUUGCUGAUGCUGUAGUUAUGACGACACCUAGGGAUUCAUCUCAACGGUAUGGGUUGGGAAGUGAGACGCCAAUGUAUCCAUCACGAACCCCAAUGCACCACAUGACUCCGAUGAGAGAUGCAGGAGGGGCCACUCCAAUCCAUGAUGGAAUGCGAACUCCCAUGCGUGACCGUGCAUGGAAUCCUUAUGCACCAAUGAGCCCACCAAGGGAUAACUGGGAAGAUGGAAAUCCUGCCUCUUGGGGGGGUUCAACUAGUCCCAGUUACCAGCCUGGAACUCCAUCAAAUAGACCUUAUGAAGCACCAACUCCUGGCUCAGGAUGGGCUAGUACUCCAGGGGGUAAUUAUAGCGAAGCUGGAACUCCUAGAGAUGCCAGCCCAGCUUAUGCAAAUGCUCCCAGCCCCUAUUUGCCAUCAACUCCGGGUGGACAGCCGAUGACACCAAGCUCGGCAGCCUACCUACCUGGAACUCCUGGUGGACAACCAAUGACCCCGGGAAAUGUUGGCCUUGAUGUCAUGUCGCCCGCAAUGGGUGGUGAAGGCGAUGGGCCAUGGUUCUUACCUGACAUUCUCGUAACUGUGCGGAGGCCAGGAGAUGAUCCAAGCGUGGGAGUUGUCAGGGAGGUGCUCUUGGAUGGAUCGUGCAAGGUGUCGAUGGGGACAUCGGGAAAUGGAGAGAGCGUUACCGCGAAUCCAACUGAGUUGGAAGUGGUGUUGCCCAAGAAAUCAGACAAGAUUAAGAUUAUGGGUGGGGCUCAGCGUGGUUCUACAGGGAAGCUAAUUGGUGUCGAUGGCACUGACGGGAUUGUUAAAGUUGACGAUACCUUAGAUGUGAAAAUUUUGGACAUGGUUUAUCUAGCAAAACUAGCCACAUAAUGUAUAAUUAUUUGUUGUAUUAUCCGGUUUCCCGUUAAUUUUAUCAUUUAGUUGUUUUGCAAGCCUGUUCGGUAUGUGUAAUGUGCAUGUGCAUGUGUAUGCGCUUUUUGAGA